CAGCUGCCCAAGUAGGGAUGAUAACUCAGGACUUACCAGCUGGGAGAGGACUGUAACUGAGCUUAAAAAUAGAGCUACGUCCUUUGCCUGGUAUGGGGGCUGUACAGGCCUCUGAAGAAAAGGCCAGGCAGCAUCUGCACAUCCAGGCUGAGCUGGACUCUGGGGAGCUGACUGCAAACCCUCCAGGACCCUGCCAGGCAAGCCUAACUUUCCUUGGUCCAGAAGCCCUGAGGGUGCCACCAUGGAGUCUAACCACUGCUGAGCAGACAGCCACAGGAGGGCCGAAGUUCUGAGCCUUCCUCUGGACCCAGGCAGGAAGACACACAGCCAAGAAAGGCAAACUCACCAUGGCUUCCACCAACGCAGAGAGCCAGCUCCAGAGAAUCAUCCGAGACUUGCAAGAUGCUGUGACAGAACUAAGCAAAGAAUUUCAGGAAGCAGGGGAACCCGUCACGGAUGAUAGCACGAGCUUGCAUAAAUUUUCUUAUAAACUUGAGUAUCUUCUGCAAUUUGAUCAGAAAGAGAAGGCCACCCUCCUGGGUAACAAAAAGGACUACUGGGAUUACUUCUGUGCCUGCCUGGCCAAGGUGAAAGGAGCCAAUGAUGGGAUCCGAUUUGUCAAGUCUAUCUCGGAGCUCCGAACAUCCCUGGGGAAAGGAAGAGCAUUUAUUCGCUACUCCUUGGUGCACCAGAGGUUGGCAGACACCUUACAGCAGUGCUUCAUGAACACCAAAGUGACCAGUGACUGGUACUAUGCAAGAAGCCCCUUUCUGCAGCCAAAGCUGAGCUCGGACAUUGUAGGUCAACUCUAUGAGCUGACUGAGGUUCAAUUUGACCUGGCAUCGAGGGGCUAUGACUUGGAUGCUGCCUGGCCAACAUUUGCCAGGAGGACUCUGGCCACUGGCUCUUCUGCUUACCUAUGGAAACCCCCUAGCCGCAGCUCCAGCAUGAGCAGUUUGAUGAGCACCUACCUGCAGACUCAAGAGACGGCAUCCAAUUUUGACCUUAACAGUCCCCUAAACAAUGAGGCAUUGGAGGGCUUUGAUGAGAUGCGGCUAGAGCUGGACCAGCUGGAAGUGCGGGAAAAGCAGCUGCAGGAGCGCAUGCAGCAGCUGGACAGAGAGAACCAGGAGCUGAGGGCAGCUGUCAGCCUGCAAGGGGAGCAACUGCAGACAGAGAGGGAGAGGGGGCGCACUGCAGCAGAGGACAACGUUCGCCUCACUUGCUUGGUGGCUGAGCUCCAGAAGCAGAGGGAGGUCACCCAGGCCACCCAGAACACUGUGAAGGAGCUGCAGAUGUGCCUGCAGGCCCUGGAGCUAGGAGCAGCAGAAAAGGAGGAGGACUACCACACAGCCCUGCGGCAGCUGGAGUCCCUGCUUCAGCCCUUGGCACAGGAGCUUGAGGCCACACGGGAGUCACUGGGCAGGAGGAACCAGCAUUUAGCCAGCAUCCCAGACUGGCUGGCUAUGGCUCAGCAGAAGGCUGAUGCGGCACCAGACACAAAGGGCCAGCAAGAACCCAUUCCCAGUGAUGCGGCUCGGGAGAUCCAGGAGCUACAGGAGAAGCUUCGAGCCCUGGAAAUGGAGAGAACCAAGGUUGAGGAGGUCAACAGGCAGCAGGGUGCCCAGCUGGAGCAGCUGGCCGAGGAGCUGCAGCUGAAGGAGGACGCCCAGGCCAACCUGGAGCGCCUGGUGAAGGAGGUGGCCCCGCUCCAGGAGGAGUUAUCUGGGAAGGGACAGGAGGCAGACCAGCUCUGGCGACGGCUGCAGGAGUUGCUGGCCCGCUCGAGCUCCCGGGAGGAGGAGCUAGCAGAGUUGAGACGGGAGGAGAAACAGCGACAGGAGGAGAAGGAGCUGCUGGAGCAGGAGGUAACAUCUCUGACCCGACAGCUGCAGUUCCUGGAGACCCAGCUGGCACAGGUGAACCAACAUGUGAGUGACCUAGAGGAACAGAAGAAGCAGCUCAUCCAGGACAAAGACCACCUCAGCCAGAAGGUGGGUACGCUGGAGCGGCUUGCUGGGCAGCCCGGCCCAGAACUGCCAGUGGCAGAUGAGAAGAAUGAGACCCUGGUCCCUGUGAACUCCCCUCUGCAAGUGGCCUGUGGGAAGCCGGAGGAGGAGCAGAGGAGCCCGCAGGGGGCACAGUUAGAUGAUACCAAGGUGCAGGAGGGCAGCCAGGAGGAAGAGCUCCGGCAGGCCAACAGGGAGCUGGAGAAGGAGCUACAGAAUGUGGUUGGGCGUAACCAGCUCCUGGAGGGCAAGCUGCAGGCCCUGCAGGCCGAUUACCAGGCUUUGCAGCAGCGGGAAGCAGCCAUUCAGGGCUCCUUGGCCUCCCUGGAGGCGGAGCAGGCCAGCAUCCGGCACUUGGGUGAGCAGAUGGAGGCGAGCUUGCUGGCUGUAAGGAAGGCCAAGAAGGCCAUGAAAGCCCAGGUGGCAGAAAAGGAGGCCACUCUGCAGAGCAAGGAGGGUGAGUGCCAGCAGCUGCGGGAGGAGGUGGAGCAGUGCCGGCAACUGGCAGAGGCCCGGCACAGAGAGCUUAGGGCUCUCGAGAGCCAGUGCCACCAGCAGACCCAGCUGAUCCAGGUCCUCACAGCAGAGAAAGGCCAGCAGGGAGUUAGCCCACUCCCCAACAGUGAAGCCCAUGAGCUGGCUGCGCAGCUGACUGUGUCUCAGGCGCAGCUGGAAAUCCAUCAGGGGGAGGCCCAGCGGCUGCAGGCUCAGGUAGUGGACCUGCAGGCUAAGAUGCAGGCAGCUCUGGAUGACCGGGACAAGGUGCAGAGCCAGCUGAGCAUGGCUGAGGCAGUCCUGAGUGAGCACAAGAUGCUUGUGCAGCAGCUAAAGGAACAGAAUGAAGCCCUCAACAGGGCCCAUGUCCAGGAGCUGCUGCAGUGCUCAGAGCGUGAAGGGAUUCUGCAGGAGGAGAGGGCCGGUGAGGCCCAGCAGAGGGAGGAGGAGCUGCGGGCCCUGCAGGAGGAGCUGUCCCAGGCCAAAUGCAGCUCCGAUGAAGCACAGCUGGAACACGCUGAGCUCCAGGAGCAGCUGCACCGGGCCAACACGGACACAGCCGAGCUGGGCAUCCAGGUUUGUGCACUGACCAUGGAAAAGGAGCGGGUGGAGGAGGCACUGGCCAGUGCUGUCCAGGAGCUCCGGGACUCCAAAGAGGCAGCCUCAAGAGAGCGAGAGGGCCUGGAGCGCCAAGUAGCUGGGCUGCAGCAAGAGAAGGAGAGCUUGCAGGAGAAGCUGCAGGCGGCCAAGACAGCAGCCAGCUCACUGCCCGGCCUGCAGGCCCAGCUCGCCCAGGCCGAGCAGCGGGCCCAGAGCCUCCAGGAGGCUGCACACCAGGAGCUCGACACCCUCAAGUUCCAGCUGAGUGCUGAAAUCAUGGACUACCAGAGCAGACUUAAGAAUGCUGGCGAAGAGUGCAGGAACCUCAGAGGCCAGCUUGAGGAGCAAGGCCGGCAGCUGCAGGCUGCCGAGGAAGCUGUGGGGAAGCUGAAGGCUACCCAAGCAGACAUGGGAGAGAAGCUGAGCUGCACCAGCAACCACCUUGCAGAGUGCCAGGCGGCCAUGCUGAGGAAGGACCAGGAGGGGGCUGCCCUGCGUGAAGACCUAGAAAGGACCCAGAAGGAACUCGAAAAAGCCUCAAUAAAAAUCCAAGAGUAUUACAGCAAACUCUGCCAGGAGGUGACAGACCGCGAGAGGAAUGACCAGAAGAUGCUUGCUGACCUGGAUGACCUCAACAGAACCAAGAAGUAUCUUGAGGAGCGGCUGAUAGAGUUGCUCAGGGACAAGGAUGCUCUCUGGCAGAAGUCAGAUGCCCUGGAAUUCCAGCAGAAGCUCAGUGCCGAGGAGAGGUGGCUCGGGGACACGGAGGCAAACCACUGCCUUGACUGCAAGCGGGAGUUCAGCUGGAUGGUGCGGCGGCACCACUGCAGGAUAUGUGGCCGCAUCUUCUGUUACUACUGCUGCAACAACUACGUCCUAACCAAGCAUGGUGGCAAGAAGGAGCGCUGCUGCCGAGCCUGUUUCCAGAAGCUCAGUGAAGGCCCUGGCUCCCCUGACAGCACUGGCUCAGGCACUAGCCAGGGAGAGCCCAGCCCUGCACUAUCACCAGCCUCAGCUGGGCUCCAGGCCACGGGACACCAAGGAGCAAACACAGACUACAGGCCACCAGACGAUGCUGUGUUUGAUAUCAUCACAGAUGAGGAAUUGUGCCAGAUACAGGAGUCCGGCUCCUCCUUGCCUGAGACACCCACUGAAACUGAUUCUCUUGACCCAAAUGUGGCUGAACAGGACACUACAUCAACCUCGCUAACGCCUGAGGACACUGAAGACAUGCCCGUGGGGCAGGAUGCGGAAAUCUGCCUGCUGAAGUCUGGAGAACUAAUGAUCAAAGUACCCCUCACAGUGGAAGAGAUCGCCAGCUUCGGGGAGGGCAGCAGGGAGCUGUUUGUGAGAUCCAGCACCUACAGCCUGAUCCCCAUCACUGUGGCCGAGGCAGGCCUCACCAUCAGCUGGGUCUUCUCCUCCGACCCCAAGAGCAUCUCCUUCAGCGUGGUCUUCCAGGAGGCCGAGGACACACCGCUGGAUGAGUGUAAGGUCCUCAUUCCUACGACCCGAUGCAACUCCCACAAGGAGAACAUCCAGGGCCAGCUCAAGGUUCGCACACCUGGUAUCUACAUGCUCAUCUUCGACAACACCUUCUCAAGGUUUGUCUCUAAAAAGGUAUUUUAUCACUUGACUGUUGAUCGGCCUGUGAUCUACGAUGGAAGUGAUUUCCUGUAGCUUCAGCACUUCAGUAACUUCACUUCAUCCACAGGAAACACUACUCUUCCUCACCUGUCACAUAAAGCAUUUUUUUAAAAA